CAGUCCCGGACGGAAGUUACACAAGUACACUUAGUUUCAGUUUUGUUUCUCUUUCAAGCUACCAGUCACAGGAGCGCCCGGGCCUUGGGGUACCCCUCGCAGUCCUGGAGGCCAGGGUCAGCUCUGCUAGCAUGGUUUCCCAGGGCUCUCCACCCUCCCUGCUGGAGGCCCUGAGCAGUGACUUCCUGGCCUGCAAGAUCUGUCUGGAGCAGCUGCGGUCGCCCAAAACACUGCCCUGCCUGCACACCUACUGCCAGGACUGCCUGGGCCAGCUGGCCAAGGGUGGCCAUGUCCGCUGCCCCGAGUGCCGCGAGACUGUGCCUGUGCCGCCGGCAGGUGUGGCAGCCUUCAAAACCAACUUCUUUGUGAACGGGCUCCUGGAUCUGGUGAAAGCCCGGGCUUGCGGAGACCUGCGUGCUGGGAAACCAGCCUGUGCUCUCUGCCCCCUAGUGGGGGGCACCAGCACCGGGGGACCAGCCACAGCCCGGUGCCUGGACUGUGCCGACGACUUGUGCCAGGCCUGUGCAGAUGGGCACCGCUGCACUCGCCAGACGCACAGCCACCGAGUAGUGGACCUGGUGGGCUACAGGGCGGGCUGGUACGACGAGGAGGCCCGGGAGCGCCAGGCAGCCCAGUGCCCGAAGCACCCGGGGGAGGCACUGCGCUUCCUGUGCCAGCCCUGCUCCCAGCUGCUGUGCCGAGAGUGCCGCCUGGACCCCCACCUGGACCACCCAUGCCUGCCCCUGGCUGAGGCAGUGCGUGCCCGGAGGCCGGGCCUUGAGGAGCUCCUGGCAGGUGUGGACAACAACCUGGUAGAACUGGAGGCUGCCCGGAUGAUGCAAAAGGAAGCUUUGACUCAGCUGCGGGAGCAGGCAGCCAGGGUGGGGAUGCAAGUGGAGGAGGCAGCCGAGGGGGUCCUCCGGACUCUCCUGGCCCAGAAGCAGGAGGUGCUGGGGCAGCUGCGGGCCCAUGUGGAGGCUGCUGAGGAGGCUUCUCGGGAAAGGCUGGCAGAGCUAGAGGGCCGGGAGCAGGUGACCAGAGCAGCAGCUGCCUUUGCCCGUCGGGUGCUCAGCCUAGGUCGCGAGGCCGAGAUACUCUCACUGGAGGGGGCCAUCACCCAGAGGCUCCGGCAACUACAGGACUGCCCUGGGAUGCCGGGGCCAGCCCCCUGCCUGCUGCCCCAGCUGGAGCUCCAUCCUGGGCUCCUGGACAAGGACUGCUACCUGCUUCAGCUCUCCUUCAAGGAGCAGCAGCCGCAGAGGGACAGUGGGAAGGAUGGAGCUGGUCCCCAGAGAGGGGAUGAAGCCCAUAGCCAGAGGGAGGAGGGAGCCAAGAUGGAGAGGCAGAGCAGAGUCCAGCCCCAGUGCAGGGACAAAGCCCAGAUGCCAAAAGAGGACAGAGCCCAGAUAGCUGAAGAAGAUAGAACCCAGGCCCCCAAUGAGGAUAAAGCCGAGGUGUCCCAAAAAGAUGGAACCGAGACCCCAAAAGAAGAGAGAGCCCAGACGCCCCAAGAAAAUGGAGGAGCCCAGCUGCAAAAGGGUGGCAGAACCAACAAGAAAAGAAAGUUCAAAGGCAGGUUGAAGUCGAUCUCCCGGGAGCCCAGCCCAGCACCUGGGCCAAACCUGGAAGGCUCUGGCCUCCUCCCUAGGCCCAUCUUUUCCUGCAGCUUCCCCACACGGAUGCCUGGAGAUAAGCGAUCCCCCCGGAUCACUGGGCUCUGUCCCUUUGGUCCCCGGGAAAUCCUGGUGGCCGAUGAGCAGAACAGAGCGCUGAAACGCUUCUCCCUCAACGGUGACUACAAGGGCACGGUGCCAGUGCCGGAAGGCUGCUCCCCGUGCAGUGUGGCCGCCCUGCAGGGUGCGGUGGCCUUCUCAGCAUGUGCACGGCUCUAUCUCAUCAGCUCAGAUGGCGAGGUGCAGUGGCGCCGAGCCCUGAGCCUCUCCCAGGCAAGCCACGCUGUGGCUGCGCUGCCGAGCAGGGACCGGGUGGCUGUUAGCGUGGCGGGUCAUGUGGAAGUGUACAACAUGGAAGGCAGCCUGGCCACUCGGUUCAUCCCUGGGGGCAAGGCCAACAGGGGCCUGCGGGCACUGGUGUUCCUGACCACUAGCCCCCAGGGCAAUUUCGUGGGGUCAGAUUGGCAGCAGAACAGCGUGGUGGUGUGCGAUGGGCUGGGCCAGGUGAUUGGGGAGUACAGCGGGCCAGGGCUGCAUGGUUGCCAGCCAGGCUCCGUGUCCGUGGACAAGAAAGGCUACAUCUUUCUGACCCUUCGAGAGGUCAACAAGGUGGUGAUCCUGGACCCCAAGGGGUCACUUUUGGGUGACUUCCUGACGGCCUACCAUGGCCUGGAAAAGCCCAGAGUGACCACCAUGGUGGAUGGCAGGUACUUGGUCGUGUCCCUCAGUAAUGGGACCAUCCACAUCUUUCGGGUUCGUUCUCCUGACAGUUAAAGGGACUGGGACAGGUGUGGGUGGGGAAGGGGAGGGCAGGAGGGAAGCGUAGCUGCCACGGGAUGUGGUAGCAUCUUCAUGGGAACCUAAGGGCAUUUUUCUGUAGGGCAGGGACUGGCAACUUUUCAGUGGGGAAUACCAAACUUCUAGCCCUCUUCUGGUGUACAGAGAGGGACCCGAGGGUGACGGCAUGGCCAUAACUCUCAGAAGCAGAGUAGGGGCUGGAGGGGCGCAGGGAUUCAUCAGCCUCGUGGAUUUUAUGGGUGACCACUACUGCCAUUGAUUCUGCUCUGUACUUUAGGGUUCUGAGAUUUAUAAACUUGACCCGAUUCGCAUUC